CAUUUCAGUUCACCUUCGGAAACGGUGCGGAUUUUACCUUGUCCCCAAUGGCAGCUGGAGUGAAAGAAAAAAAUUGGUCAAAUGUUUCACCCUCAGAAAUAUCAGCUGCUAGGUGGCCAUUUAGAUUUUGUGAUAUAAAGCAAGUGGAAUCAUGUGAAGAGGUUUUAGGCCAGGGAAUUUGGGAACAAAUUGUGUCUCAUACUGGAACAAGAGAUUGCACCGAAACAUGGAACUCAACACAGAUAAAGCAGUGUCGUAACAGAUUUAAAUCCUAUGGACGCAACUGUACCAGGUCUCUUGGUAGAAAUCUUGUACACUGUUUGCUGAUGAAACAUUUUGAUGGUCAUUUUAUUGCUCAGCAAAAAGUACCUAUAAAACCAUUUGAGAUAUAUACUGCCCCAUGCAGAUACGUCAAGUAUAAACCAUUGGUGGACAUUUGUUUGGAUGAUCCUAGCUAUAAUCAUGAUGAUUCCAGCAUAUAUUUUAAUAUCAUUGAAGUGGGUUCAAAACCUGACCUUGAAGAUAGCAUACAUGAAACAAUGUUUAAUACACUGAGUGGAAGAAGAUCAACAUCACAUUGUUAUAUUAUUAGGGUAGCUCCUAGAGAAUUUUUUCAGGUGUAUGUUGGGAAGAUAGAUUGGCCAGUUACAAUGCAUCAAAUGAUGAUGAUUUGUGGAAGUAAUGUUACAAAGGAACUAGGAUUUAAUCACCAGAGUCACUCUACACCUAUAACAGCAAAGUAUGCUCACCUGGGAGAUAUAUCUGUGCCUGACGAUGAUUCCCAUGGUGUAUCAUUAUUACUUAAAACUAUUGAGGUUCUCUCUGACUAUGAAAGAGGAUCGUUUCUACCUGUCACUGAUGAUAUGAUGGAAGUUAUUGAGACAAGGAAGAGAACAAAAAAACAUAUUUCAAGUUGUGUAUUUGAUGAUUUAAACAUUUGCAAUGCAAAAUUUGACCAGUGUAUCUUAAGUGAUGAUAGACCAAAUGGUUGAAUUUUCAUUUUAUGGAAUUCAUAUAGCAUAAUCAUGUACCAUACACAAUCAUUAUUUGUUAACUCAAGUUCUGUCCUGAUAGAAUGUCUUUGAAUUAUUUUCUUUUUCUUCUUUUAAUGUGUAUAAGUACAGAACACCUGUAAUUUAAAAUUCGUAAGAUUUAUCCCAAAAUUAUAGUGAAUUGUACCUGCUUUAACAAAUCAUUUUUAGCUCACCUGGCCAUCUCAUCACUUGUCCUCAGUCGUCAAAAAUUUUCUCUGAAACUACCCAGUCAUCACUAGGGUAUCUAGUUUAAAAAUGUGUUUGAUAACCCCGCACCAAAAUGGUUGGAAUGGCUAAAAAUAGAACAAAUGGGGUAUAAUACAGUUCAAAUACAACCACCAAAACAUUUUUGGGAUCGUGUAUAAAUGGUAUGAUGUCAUCCGAAGACUUGAUUGGUUUCCAGACAAUAAUUUUGUUAAAGUGAAUGGAUCUCUGUGAAAUGUUUUAAGAAGGUUUUAUUUGCCCCAACUGUUCAGGGUUAUAUCUCUGCAGUCGUAUCAGACUGUGCUCAGCAAAGCAUUUUAUUGGCUUAUAUCUCUGAAACUAAAGCAUUUAGAGCAAAUCCAACUUGGGUUAAAAUGGUCAUCUGGUUAAGAUCUAUCUGCCCUGAGAUUUUUCAGAUGAAUCGACUAACCCAUUGUUGGGUUGCUGCCCCUGAAUUGGUAAUAUUAACGAAAUUUUGCAGUUUUUAUACGACCACAAAACUUUUGUUGUCGAUUGCAUUGUCCUAAGACAAUAACUUCAGUACAAUAAAUAAGUAAAAGAAAUCUAUGUAAUGUAUACACAAGUUAAAGAGUAAAACUUAAGGAAGGUUGGGACUGAUUUUUGGGGUUAUGCUCUUUACAGAUUAGGAGUAAGGGUGCCCAAAUAAGCAUUUUAGUAGUUUCCAGACAGUGUAUGAAUCUCUAUAAAAUUAUACCACAAGUUUCCAUAUCACAAAGGGAUGGUCCGGAUUUUUCGGUAAAUGAACAAUUAAGAGAAUUUUAAAGCAGUGUAAGGGAGGUAAUCCAAUCACAUUUAAAAAUAAUGUAUUUAAAUUGGUAAUUAGGGUUGCAAGCUCCAUGAGCAUAUUUUGAGGAAAAGAUUUUU